CCUGUCCAGAGUAAUGAGACUUCUAAUGGAUACUUCCUGGAGCGCUCCCACAGUGCCCGUAUGACUUUGGCCAAGGCCUGUGAGUUGUGUCCAGAAGAGUGUCACUUAACGAAGCACGAGGUGGUAUCUGAAGAGGACGCUGGCCGGAACCCGUCCUCGACACAGCAACUUUUGCCAGGGGAAGUGACAGGCCAACAACAGCACACCGAGCCUGAUGAGCAGGAGGCCCUCGAUGAGCAGGACACUUCUCCUCCAGAGGACACUGCUCUGUACCCUCACUCUCCAGGCACAAAGUUUCAACCGCAGAAUAACCUCCCGCUUACACAGCCAUACACUGGCCCUGCAGCACAGCACGUCAACAAUCCUCAGCGUCCAGGCCCACGAGCACAAGAGAACUGGGAGCCCCCUGAGGAGGUGCCGCCCAGCCAGACUAAAGACUAACAAUAUGUUGUCACACUGUCCUCCAUCUGAGCUCUCCAGAAGAGAUACUCGAAUCCAGAGCAAGGCCAGGUCCCACCAUGCUGCUCUACUCCAGAGCCCGUGUAACCAGAACAUUCAGCUUCCCUCAAUUUCUAACCCUGGAGCGG